AUAACCCAAGUGCCUAUCCUCCCUCUUACACACGACACAUACCAUGACCGCAUCAAACAAUUGAACCACCAAGAAGAACAAACUGGGCAUUCUUCAUGAGUCGUCUUAAUCCGCUUCUUCAGCGCUUAUCACAAUCAAAACCAUUCAUGCGCAAGUCAGGAUACAACCUUCUCAUAUUUGCAUCUUGGAUCCCAGCUCUCGUCUUCUUCAACGAAAAUGUCGGACAGGUAGCCAAGAUCAGCGGGGCAUCGAUGUAUCCCUACCUCAACACAAGCUACAAUGAAGGCCGCUCGAAAGAUUUAUGUUGGGUCAAUAAAUGGAGUCCCGGGCAGAAUCUGCAGAGGGGAAUGCUUGUGUCCUUUUGGUACGGAUCCUGAUUCACAGUCCACUUUCUGUACCAAGGGCUACUGACCGAGAGACUCAGGAGCCCAAGUCACCCGGAGGUUCUCGCAAUCAAAAGAAUCAUAGCUGUGGAGGGGGAUGUUGUGUAUCCCCGUGCACCGUGCCCCUCUCCCAAGGCUGAAAUUCCGGCGGGCCAUGUAUGGGUGGAAGGAGAUAAUCGAGAUGGGAGAAGGUCCCUGGACAGCAAUUACUAUGGCCCCAUCCCGAUCAAUCUGGUUCAAGGAAAAGUCACAAAUAUUUUGUGGCCCUGGGCAAGUUCUGGGCCCAUUCGGUGGUGGGAAUUCAAAGGGAAGACGAAGGUUGUCGAGGGGAGAAGAGAGGACGCUCCGCAAUGGUCUUGACAACUA